UUUUCGGAACUACUACAGGAAGUACAGUCAGCCUAUAAUACAAAUACGACAAGCAAGCAAGAUGUGUACGUUUUUGAUGCGGAUAAUUUGAAAUAACUAUAGCUCCUUGUUUAUAAUCGGUUACUAAUGUAUUCUAUGAAGGAUGUCGUCCGAUUUAGACUUCGAAAAUCAAAAACAACAAAUGAACAGUGAGACAAUUAGCACCAUGUCAAUUGACCAGGAUGGCGAGGAGUGGGAUAUCAGUCUCUUCGAUGAGCUAGACAACCUUGGAGAUGCAGAAGAUCUUUUCCAGGCCUUGGAACAGUUUGGAUAUCCUGGUGAUGCUCCUGAACUGGACUUUGACAUCGACCUGCCUUCUUGGAGCACUGAUGCAAGCAGUACCCAUACAGAUGGGGACCUAAGCAUGGACUCUCUUUCUCCUGCUCAUACCCUAAGCUCUGUCCCAUCUCCUGCUUCCCUGGAGGCCCUGUCACCCUACUCCAUACAAGAUGAUCUAGCCAUAUCUUCUCAGAACCUUCCCUCUCCUGCGUUCUCUGUCUCUUCCGAGUCCAGCGGCUUUUCUGAGCCUCCCCUGGCCAAGAGGGCCCCCAAGAGGACCAGCCAGGCCAGACAAGCCAAGCAAGCCCAGCCAGUGAAAAGACCCAUCCAGCUCUGCCCGAAGGUGUCCAUCCAACCGCGACCAGUUUUAACCACCGUACCUCUGGCCCAAACCACGACCCCUCUCCAGACCAAGACCCUCAUAAUCCAACCCCUGCAGACUGCAAUGUUGCCCCACUCCACUGUGGUCAAACAAGCCCCCGUCAGCAUACAGCCAGCGCCACCUAUAGGUCAUCCUUUGGUGCUGGCCCAGCCGGCCCAGGUGCUACACAUCCAGACACCCCAGGCUGUCACUCGCCACCUGGUCACCUUUCCAGCGCAGACUCAAGACAGGCCCGCCUCCAUCACGACUCCUCCGUCUUUAGUGUCGGUCCCACUCAACAACCCUGGCUCUGACGACGAUGUAAGUUCGAAGGUGUCCCAGCGGCAGCAGAGGAUGAUAAAAAACAGAGAGUCAGCAUCUCAGUCCCGGAAGAAGAAAAAGGAGUAUCUACUGGCGCUGGAAGCCCGUCUCAAGAUGGCGCUGUAUGAGAAUGAGGCGCUCAAGAACGAGAAUGGCACCCUGAAGAAACAGCUGGAGGGACUGCUGUCAGAGAACACGGUUCUGAAGACCAGUGCUGGUAAGAGGCGGGCCGUGUGUCUCAUGGUGGUGCUGGUAUUCCUCAUGCUCAACGUGGGACCAAUAGGUGUUUUUGAAAGUGGUCAAGAUUCUAAGCUCCAGGCUGGCUCCAUGCACAGCGGCAGACACCUGCUGGGCUUUUCUCCAGUGCCAGAGAGCCCAUUAGACCCGGAAACCCUCGAGACCUCUCAGACUGACAGUUCCGAGGAUAAGGCUCUGAUGGUGGUAAAAGAAGAUCCUUUGUUCUUCAGAAACCCACCUCCCUGCCAACCGCCUGUCAACAGAACUAAGUGCAUCAAGCUGAACCAUGAGCUGCGUGGCUGGGUCCAUCGGCAUGAGGUGGAGAGGACCAAGUCAAGACGCAUGACCAACAGUCAGCACAGAGCCACUAGAGCGAUCUCUAAAGAGGAUAAGAAGUCUGAGGUGGGCCAGGUUGUAACCGUCCAAUACGCAGACUCUACAGAGGAAAAACUUCCAGGUAGUGAGCUACAGGUCUACUACGCACCUCACCGCACGUACAACGACUUCUUUGACGAGAUCCAUCGUCGUGGAGACACGUUCUAUGUGGUAUCUUUCCGCAGGGAUCAUCUUUUACUUCCUGCCACCAGCCACAACAAAGGAAGUCGGCCAAAGAUGUCUGUGGUGUUGCCUGCCAUGAACAUUAAUGAUAGCGUAAUCAAGGACAAGGAAUAUGAGGUGAUGAUGCAGAUUGACUGUGAGGUCACAGACACCAGGAUCCUUCACAUCAAGUCCUCCAGUAUCCCACCGUUCUUGCGUGUCAACCGCACAGACACCCUUUACCCGCCAUCACCUGCGGACAGCCAAGCCAUGCCUCCUGUCCAGGUGCUCAUGGGUUCCGCGUAAACAAUUCAGACUGAUACACAAUCCCACAAACCAACCAGUCAAUGCAAAAUAAACUAAAUCGAACAGUGAAAUUGAAAUUAUGAAACUGAAACACAAUGUUGUCCUGAUCUAAAAGAAAAUAUGCCUGGGCACAUUUUGAGUCUUUUUAAAUGUGCAAAUUUGGUAUUUAAAGAUUCAAUGUAUUUUACUGAACUGGGGUGGUGAGUUCUCUCCCUUUUCCUUGAUUUGUAUGAGUGUGGACUUGUUAUGAUUAGGGUAAAAUACCGUUAUGCAAUAUCAAGGAAGCUCCGGCGGUUGGUGUUCGUUUGCCACACUCUCUUUCAGCUCUCAUAUCCGACUGGGUUUGUGAGGGUCAGAGACCAGGGCAGGACUGUGUGUGGGGCUGGACUUUCCAUGGCCCCAGACUCCUCUUACCAGAGUAAUGGUUGAGCCACAGCAGGGGUCUGAGCAUUGAACCCUGAGUCACCCUGUCAUAACACAGAUAAUUUCACCCCAUAGCAUUUCCCAUAUGCCUGUCAUGCUGUUCUUUCUUCUUUUUUUUCUCUUCAGUCUCCAUCUUUGUUCGUAUUCUUGAAGCUCUUUAUGGAACUAAUUCCAUCUUUGUCACCCUCAGCUGUAAUGUCAUUGAGAUGAUGUCAGCAAUCGAGGUCUACACUCAGGGGUUAAUUUAAGUCUGCGAAAGCCAGUAGUUUAACCACUUAAGUAUGAAAUGUCUUAGGUCGCCCUUGUUUCUGUUUUCAUUUUAGUAGUGAAAUUUCUGAGAUAUUAAUUAUUGUUACUGUUUUUGAAAUCUGUUUGCCCUGUGCUUUGCUAAUACACAUUUUUAGAGUAUUAUACUCUAAAGCAAGAUUUUUUAAGUGCUAUCUUCUAUUUUUGUGAUGUAAGAUAUCUCUAAUUACAUUUUUUAAAUAUCUAUGAAAGCAUAUGUAUAACAUACAAUUGAUAUUAUCACCAUGAUGGGAAAUGUACUAUUUCCCAAAGACGCAACGUUAGCUUACUUUUGGGAAGAUGAAGUAAUAUGGAUUUUGUGUGAUGCUAUUUAAACCUUUUAGAUGGUUGUGUUGGUUGUGUGGUGUUGGCUGUUUGAAAGUCAGUGUUUCCUUGAAAUAGGAUUGAAGUUCAUAAUUUUUUUAGACAAAUAGAAAACAGACUAACAGCUUGAUGAAUGUUAGCAGCUAAAACUAUAAAUGACAUCAGAAUUGAUCUUUACAAAGAAAAUAAUGUCACACUCUUAAAUCAUCAUUAAAAAAUGUUUAGCAUUUAAAAAUGAAUUAGUUUCAACAGGUUGGCAAAAUUCAGCCUUUGGCUGACAUAACCUUAGUUAGUCAGAGCCAGAGCCGUUGAAAAAAAGAGUUGCGACACACUAUGAUCUUGCCGCCACGCAGUCACAUGGGUUAUGUAGCUCUCAAUUGUUCCAAACAGAGCUGCGCUGUCAACCAGUUCGAAUGAGUUUAAGCGGGACAGACAGCAGCAGCUAUAUUUUCAGCAAUUAUAGGUAAAUAUUGACGCAUAAUGUACAUUGAUUAUUAUGUU